GAUCCUGCCAGAAAAGAGGGAAAAAAAUUUAAAAUAAUAAAAAACUAGACUCGUCGGUUCUUUCAUCUUUAAUAUUCGCCUCCUCUCCCUUCGUUCCCCUUGACCUUGACUACUGUCUGCAAGCUGGCCUUUGCAGCCCUUUCUACCCCCAAGCGACGACAAGUAGUCGUUCGCAGUUAAUCCAUUCUCACUCUCAUUUCUGGUUUAGUUGAUGUCCGUCUGGAACCCGGUCAUACUAAGCUUCUUUCCCUUAUACAUCCAGUCCAAUCCAAUCCGUACAUUACACUCCGCACUCUCUCUCAACCUCAAUCUGACUUCAGCCAUUCAACCCUGCGUCAUUGCCACGAUUGUCGCCACUUCGUUAUUCAUUCUCGGAAAGCAUGUAUCGCAAUAAUGGUCUGAUAUGGUUGUUGGAUACUGCUAGACGUUAACUCUCGUGGAUAUGGAUUUCAUUCUCUCCUUGACGCAUUUCUGCGAGGUGCAUGGUCCCACCUCGAUCAUCUGCUCGCAGGUCUUACCAUUCUCCUGCUCGCAGUGUUACCCAGACAGACCCGAUUUCUCUCCUGAUGACACCCCUGCAACCUCUCAUGACACAGUAUCUUCUCAUCUACAGAGCCCUACUAAUGGCAAGGACUCCAACUCAUCCAAGAUUCACUCAAAAUCCGCCGGGGUAGCCGAUUGCUAUGAGAAAAUCGAGGAUCACCCCUACUUUAUUAAACCGCAGUCCCAUUCAGCGGAUGCCCAGCAGCGAUUGAUUCCACUGGGAGGUGCAGAUGGCGAUACCUGCGCUAGCUGUAGCCUGACAUUGCCGGAAGAUGUGAGCAAAAAGCUGCCUCCAGGCGCUCCUGGCACCCCCAAGAGCGACGGUAAAGGCAAAAACGGAAGUCCCGUCUUACGCUCCAGGGAAGUCGUUUACUCUUGCGGUUCGAGCCACUCCGAAGUUGAAGCCGGCAUACACGACCCGCAUGGGCACGCGUCCUUCCCUGAAUCUUUACACUCUUCCUCGGUGGCGUCCGAUGCCUCUUGCCACACCCAUAUUCUCACCUAUCUCUCUCUCAGAGGACCCCCAAACCCUGCGGACUACGCGCUUCUCCGGCGCUCAUCGAUCCGGACCCUGAGCUGUGAGCUCCUUCCGCAAGGCGCCUCCUCCGGUCCCUUGUGUUUUGGCGACUCCAAUGCGGGGUACACGGUUGCCUUUGUUUUUCGUCUUCCGGACCCGAUGGCUCGCGGGAAACGGCGCAGCUACGCUUUGGUCGCAUUGGCUGGCAAAGAUACCGGGAGGGCGUUCCGCGCAUGUCCAGUAAUCUGGCGUGCUUUCGGUCGAAUCUCAGCGGGCAUCGUCAAAUCGGCCGAAAAAUUCCAAGACGAAGAAAGGUCUCGCGAAGAACAGAACAAGGGGCCUGGUCGGAUGAAUAACAGACAGUACACCCCGGUUUCUUCGUUUCUUACCGGCCGUGCCAUCGACCCGGAUGGUCAGCUUCGUCGCCCUGGCCAGGUGAAGGCAAGAAAUCUUAGCGAGAUUGUGGGAAACCAGUACAUUUUUGCGGAAAUCCAUGCGAACUUCGUUGCCCUCUUACAACAGUUAGGCUCGAUGUUCGGAGCCGACCCGAUCUCGGAAGAACGGUUCGUUUGUAGUACGAUAGGCGACAGCGAAGGUCCGCGACGGCCUUCAAUCGUGAGUAGCGGGAAAGACAAACCCAAGAACUACGAAGAUAGUGACCUGGGCAUGUCGACGCUUGAUAUCUCUUCAGGUCCCAGGCCUAUCCCGAUCGCACCACGCCGACCAGUCGUCGCAUAACCCGUUCGAAGCGAUUGCUACGGAACCAUCUUUCUACUCCCACGUCCAUCCCUACAAUAUCUCCGACUGGGUGGAUAUUACCUCAUGAAUGAUGGUCAAUGACAAUGACCUGUUCCUCUUUUCGUCCUUUUCGUUUUUAGCGUUUGUCACCGUGACCUACGGAUCCCUUAUCGCGAUAUAGACUACGGCGCUUUUUAAGAUGGAAGCGGAGUUUCGGUUUAUUUUUGGGCAACAUACCUCGGUUUCAAUUUACUUCUUUCCAAGCGUGGGUGGACAAGCGGUCUGGUUUUGCUCGGUUCCCUUUCGUCUCCUUCGAAUCCGCUAUCUUUCCUUUCGUACAGUACUCCUUAUUAUACUUUUAAUACAGGUAAGGGGAGAGGACGAAGCUGGUAAUCUCUUGUUCCAUGAUUUGAAUGUCGUGACGAAGGCGAUGAACGAUGGCUCGUACGACAUUUGGCAUGCUUGUGUGUAUUCUAUUUUAACAGAGCCCUUUCUCUCCGGGUUUGAAUUGAUUCUCUGAUAUUAAUUGAGAGAUGUGAAUAUCUAGACUUUGCCAAUUUAUCCAAUUUACCGAUAUGUGUUGUGAUCACAUGGUCUAUAUAGACCGUAACGUAUAUAUAAUCUUUCCUGUGUCC